AUGGCUAAAAGAACGAGUGCGUUGGGCACUUUAAAGGUAUUCCAUUUAUGUAUAGCAAUCUGUCCUUUCUUGAGGGCACCAUAUUAUUUCUCAAAUAAGACCAUCACUGAUGUCUCAAAGGGAAAACCUCGGGUGCACAUUAUCGAUUUUGGCAUUUGCUUUGGUUUUCAAUGGCCAUCACUAUUUGAGCAACUCGCAAAGAGGGAAGGUGGACCUCCCAAGGUUCGGAUUACAGGUAUUGAGCAACCCCAACCAGGUUUUCGACCAAACGAAUCGAGUAUGAAUGCAGGGCAUCGAUUGGCUGAUUAUGCUAGCAUGUUCAAUAUACCUUUUGAGUAUCAAGGAAUAUCAUCAAAAUGGGAAACCAUCAAGAUAGAGGAUUUCAACAUUGAUAAAGAUGAUGUGCUCAUAGUCAAUUGUAUAUACCGAUUGAAGAAUCUUGGUGAUGAGACAGUAUCCAUAGACAGUGCCAGGAAUAGGGUCCUCAAUACCAUAAGAAUGAUGAAGCCAAAAGUUUUCAUCCAUGGAGUUGUGAAUGGAUCAUACAGUACCCCCUUCUUUCUAACACGCUUUAAAGAGGUCAUGUACCACUACAGUGCACUGUUUGAUCUUCUUGAUAAAACUGUUCCACGGGAUUAUGAGGCAAGAAUGAUCCUAGAGAGGGAUAUAUAUCUGUCUGUAGUCCUCAAUGUCAUUGCAUGUGAAGGUUCAGAAAGGAUUGAGAGGCCAGAGAGUUACAAGAAAUGGAAGCUACGAAACCAGAAGGCAGGCUUUGAGCAGUUACCACUGAACCCGGACACCGUCAAAGGAACAAGAGCUAUAGUGAGACAAUAUCAUAAAGAUUACAUUGUCAACGAAGAUGAUCAAUGGCUCCUAAUGGGAUGGAAAGGGAGGAUACUCUACGGAAUAGCCACAUGGAAAACUAGCGAGUCAUAUAAUGGCGACUAA